CGUCAUGGCUUCAUUUGAAAACCUGUCCCGGUAUGCACCAUUCAUUAGUAAUUUGAUUUACUUAAAAUCAUGCACGUCUAUAUCGUUUGUUUAUAAGUAAACCGCGUGUUGUUUAUAUGUGCUAUAAACGUGUGCCUAUAUUAUCUAGAUGUGUAAGAUACCUAAUUGAAAAUGGUACCGGGUCGUUAUUGAGUGUAGUGAAUUUAGUUUGUACUUAAUAUUUUUUAAAUGUGAUUUUUCGCCAAUUAUUAAAAAUGGACAAUGAAAACAACGAAUAUGAUCGGUUGUUGGACGACGAAAAUCAGUCCAUCCAGCAAGACCAACGAAUGGAAACGAAACAAAAAGUUUAUUUUGGUCUGGGCCAUGUAUUCAACGAUAUUGCUGCGACCAUUUGGUUUUCUUACACGUUAGUGUUUCUUCAGAACGUCGUCGGGUUACCUUCGACAAUGGCUGGAUUUUUACUUUUUUUCGGUCAAAUAAUGGACGCCGUAUCGACACCAAUCGUUGGAUUACUAGUAGACAAAUUUAGCGAAAAGAAAAAAUGGAUGUUUUUAGGUAGCAUAAUGGAGGUAUUAAGUUUUCCAUUAAUAUACUACAACUGGAAUUUGCCUAUGGUGACAACAACUUUACUCUAUAUCUUUACUAUUUUAAUUUUUCAAAUAUCCUGGGCUUUAGUACAAAUCUCUCAUUUGUCAUUGAUCCCAGAAUUGACUCUUUGGUCUGAAGAACGAGGCAAAUUAACUUCAAUAAGAUACGUGUUCACUGUGUCCACAAAUAUUGUUAUGUUUAUUAUUGCUUGGUUUGUGUUUAGAGGAGUAAGAAACCCCAACGAUUUGGGUAAUUUAAUUGGACCGAAAGAUUCUCCCAAGUUUCAAAUUUUAGCAUUAAUUGCUACGACUGUUGGAGUGAUUUCUUCAUUAUUGUUUCAAAUGCUAUUAAAAAACACUAACACUGCAAAGUUUAAUAAAAUUAUUUUAUAUAAGAAUAGAUCAAAAAUAAAAUUUGAUAAAGUGCUAAAAUUCUGUAAGAGUGUACAGUUGUACCAGGUCGCUAUUGUCUUCACAUCUUGCAAACUUUUAAUUAACAUGGCUUUAAUUUAUUUACCUCUUUUCAUUAAUGAAUCGGCAGUUAACGAAUCGAGUACUAUAGCUAGUAUACCGCUAGUAGCAUUUGUGUCUUCUCUGGUAGCAUCCAUGAGUAUUGAACAUAUUAAAAUAUUCUUCAAGACUGAUAGAAUAGUAUUUACUUUGGGAAGUAUAAUAUCAAUUUGCGGUUCAUUACUUGUUUUCUUCAAUCCCAAUAACGAAUUAACUUAUCAUUAUUUAUGUUUGGCUGCUAUAUGUUUUGGUUCAGGAAAUGCUAUAACAUCAGUCGUAAGUUUAUGUAUCACUGCAAACCUCGUUGGAAAAGACACAGAUUGUGGUGCUUUUAUAUAUAGUUCAGUCACGUUUUCUGAUAAGUUAAUAAAUGGUAUUGCCAUUAUAGGAAUUGAGUUUAUGAAAUGUCCUGAUUUUGCGCAGUGUACUCAUUACUAUAGAGACGUUCUGGCAUUUAGUAGUGGAUCACUUGCUUUUAUCGGGCUAAUUGUAUUUUGGACGAUGCCAAAUAUACUUGUAAAAACACCGAAAAGAUCUUUAUCUCAUAUAUAGGGUUAAAAAAUGAAAUAUGUUCCUUAAAUAUCUUAACAACUUAUACUAAUAUUUUAUAAAAUUAGCACAUUUACUGUAAAAUAUAUUUCUACAUUAUAGUACGUGCAAAAUUUAACAAAAUUGUUUCUGUAUUAAAACAUAAACGAGUACAGUGGGGUCGAGCUUAGUGUGGACGUAGCAUAAUAGGAUCGGAUAGGUCACAGACUUUUAGAAAUUAUUAAAACUGAAUGUGAUAAAAUCACUUUAAAAUAAACGCUUCGAUGCACAUCUGUAUAGAUGAUAGGAAUAUUAAAUAUCGAUAAAAGCAUUGCAAUGAUAAUAAUGUAGUAAAAAUAGUAUUAGCGUGGAUAUGACUAGAGUUGAUCUUCAGCAUUACGAAAACAAGAUAAUCCUGGAAAUACAAAUAUCUGAAUACCUACCAAGGAGUUAGAACAUAGGUUCCAAAAAAAAUGUACUGAUGCUAUUAAAAUUUUGGGGGUACCUAAGCACCCCCUCCUCUCAAAUUGCUUUUAUUAACGUCUGUCUACAAUGAUUUUUUGGUGUUAUUUCCCUUAUACCUUAAUACCUUACAUACCAUAAUUAACAACAUAAAAGCAUUAUUUUUUUCGAUACAUGUUGAUUCACUAUUAUAUGGCAAUUUAGAAAUUUACUACAGCCAGUGUAUUUUUUCCUUUUUUUCGUUUUUCCAUAAAAAAAAAGUUUGUUUGAGAAAAUUGUGUAUGUUAUAGUCCCACUAUAGGUCUACCUUAAGCCGAAUUUUCAGAUAUUAAGUUUUAAAACUACAAACUGAACUGAAAAAGGUUUUUGUUAUUUAUUUGGUGUGUCAACGUAAAUUACUAAUACUAUAUCGAAAUAGUAUAAUAUAUAAUUUAAGAGCUAAUUAGACUAUUCAAAAAAAAAUUAUAGCAGGCUGUACUUUAAGAUGAAAAAUUUGAAAAAAAUAAGAAGGUGCCAGGGAGGUAUUUUUUUAUCUCAAUUAAAUGUUAUCUAGGAUAUAACCAUGGUACAAGCAAAGAAUAUUAUUCAGAGGUAAAAGAGGGAGCACGACACGGAGCCACUCGACAAACAGCCACCGAAAAUCGACACGGAGCCACUCGACAAACAGCCACCCGAAGAGAUACCAACAUGUACAAUAUUUAUGUAAAAUGUACGAUUAUUAUUUGUGUAUGUUGUGCGGCCGACACCACAUAUUAUAACGGAGUAAUAGCAAAAAAUGUAAUUUCCAAAUUGUAUAUCAAUAAAAAUAAAAACAGUAAUUUUGUAGAAAAUAUUAUAUUUUUAUUAAAACCCCUAUUGUAUA